AUGGGUUCAUGUUGUAGUUGCUUGAAAGAUUCUUCAGACGAGGCCAGUGUCUCACCAAUUGCCGAAAAUGAAAGAGAAGCAGUGACCUUAUUGCUAGGGUAUUUGGAAGAUAAAGAUCAGUUGGACUUCUAUUCUGGGGGUCCACUGAAAGCCUUGACAACUUUGGUUUAUUCAGAUAAUCUAAAUUUACAAAGAAGUGCUGCUUUGGCAUUCGCAGAAAUUACCGAAAAAUAUGUCCGUCAAGUUUCUAGAGAAGUGUUGGAACCCAUCUUAAUAUUAUUACAAAGCCAAGACCCGCAAAUUCAAGUGGCCGCUUGUGCAGCCCUGGGCAAUUUGGCCGUAAAUAAUGAAAAUAAAUUGUUGAUAGUGGAAAUGGGUGGCUUAGAACCAUUGAUAAAUCAAAUGAUGGGUGACAACGUGGAAGUUCAAUGUAAUGCUGUUGGAUGCAUUACCAAUUUGGCUACAAGAGAUGACAAUAAACACAAGAUCGCUACUUCCGGCGCUCUAAUCCCAUUAACGAAAUUGGCCAAAUCCAAACAUAUUAGAGUUCAAAGGAAUGCCACAGGCGCAUUAUUAAAUAUGACCCAUUCCGAGGAAAAUAGAAAGGAAUUGGUUAACGCUGGUGCUGUGCCUGUAUUGGUAUCUUUACUGUCGUCUACAGAUCCUGAUGUUCAGUAUUAUUGUACCACUGCUUUAUCGAAUAUAGCAGUAGACGAGUCCAAUCGCAAGAAACUGGCUCAAACUGAGCCAAGAUUAGUCUCCAAACUGGUGAGCCUGAUGGAUUCUCCAUCUUCUAGAGUAAAGUGUCAAGCUACUUUGGCAUUGAGAAACCUAGCAUCAGAUACAAGUUAUCAAUUAGAAAUUGUAAGAGCAGGAGGUUUGCCUCAUUUGGUGAAAUUGAUUCAAAGUGAUUCUAUACCACUGGUAUUGGCUAGUGUAGCAUGCAUUAGAAAUAUUUCCAUUCAUCCAUUAAAUGAGGGUUUGAUUGUUGAUGCCGGUUUCUUGAAACCGCUGGUGAAAUUACUAGACUACAAAGAUUCUGAAGAGAUCCAAUGUCACGCCGUAUCUACUUUGAGAAAUCUGGCAGCAUCAUCUGAAAAAAACAGAAAGGAGUUUUUCGAAAGCGGUGCCGUAGAAAAAUGUAAGGAAUUAGCUCUGGAUUCACCCGUUAGCGUUCAAAGUGAAAUUUCUGCAUGUUUUGCCAUUUUGGCCUUGGCAGAUGUCUCCAAAUUAGAUUUACUAGACGCAAAUAUUUUAGAUGCCUUAAUUCCCAUGACUUUUUCCCAAAAUCAAGAAGUUUCUGGUAAUGCCGCUGCUGCCUUGGCAAAUCUAUGCUCAAGGGUGAACAAUUACACAAAGAUUAUUGAAGCAUGGGAUCGUCCGAAUGAAGGCAUUCGUGGAUUUUUGAUUAGAUUUUUGAAAAGUGAUUAUGCUACAUUUGAACACAUUGCGCUAUGGACAAUUUUACAGUUGCUAGAGAGCCAUAACGAUAAAGUCGAAAAUUUAGUCAAGAAUGAUGAUGACAUUAUUAAUGGAGUUAGGAAAAUGGCAGAUGCAACUUUCGAACGUUUACAGAGAUCAGGAAUCGAUGUUAAAAAUCCGGGAAAUAAUAGCAACUCAAACUCAAAUGAUAACAACAGUAACAACAACGAUGCAGGAUCUGAACAUCAACCUGUGGAGGACGCAAGCUUGGAAUUGUACAAUAUUACUCAACAAAUUUUACAAUUUUUACAUUGA